CCGAGCGCGUCGCGUAAAGGGAUCACUUGAAAAACACAAUUUCCCAAAAUUAUGUAACACUAUAAAACGGAACGUUUUAAAUUAAACAUUUUUUUGUUAUAAUGUGAUAAAAUAAUCGUGGAAAUCAUCGUAAUGGACUAGUGUUGUCAGUGUAGCGAUGUUGGCACAUAUAUCGAUUUUCUAGUGACGUGCGUUCAUUGCGGGAUGUGGUGUUUUUAUUGGUGUAUUUAAUAAAUUUAUUUAUAAGAAAAAAUAACCGCCCAUAGAUUAUUAAAGUCUUCGGCAGUACCAAAAAAUCGAGGCACGUCUCACGAGUCAUAAACAGUGCAUCAAAAACUUGUCAUGACCGUCCAUUCCAAAUUCAAAUUUUAAAUGUGCGAAUCAAAAUGGCGCCGCGGUGUGCGGAUCGAGGAGAUGGUGCCCGUGAGAUAUGACCCCCCGUUUUGACAGGAGUUAGGCAAAAUGGAGACCACUAGCACGACGGCCACAGAGGCCUACCAGUAUGUGGGCCCUUUCAGAUUGGAGAAGACGCUUGGGAAAGGACAAACAGGUCUUGUUAAACUGGGCGUUCAUUGUGUUACGGGGAAGAAAGUGGCGAUCAAGAUCAUAAACAGAGAAAAAUUGAGCGAGUCAGUGUUGAUGAAGGUGGAACGGGAGAUAGCUAUCAUGAAACUGAUAGAACACCCACACGUGCUCGGACUAUCCGAUGUGUAUGAAAACAAAAAUAUUUGUAAGUAUUUAGUACUUGAACACGUGAGUGGUGGAGAACUCUUCGAUUACUUAGUGAAGAAAGGUCGGCUAACUCCUAAAGAAGCGAGGCGUUUCUUUAGGCAAAUCAUAUCCGCUUUGGACUUUUGCCAUAGUCAUUCUAUUUGCCACAGAGACCUCAAGCCAGAAAAUCUGUUGCUAGACGAGAGGAAUAAUAUAAAAAUAGCAGAUUUCGGCAUGGCCUCCCUUCAACCUGCGGGCUCACUGCUCGAGACCUCUUGCGGGAGUCCACAUUAUGCUUGCCCAGAAGUCAUUAGGGGUGAAAAAUAUGAUGGUCGACGGGCGGACGUGUGGUCUUGUGGAGUAAUCCUGUAUGCAUUACUCGUCGGUGCAUUGCCUUUUGACGACGAUAAUUUGCGUCAAUUACUUGAAAAGGUAAAACGCGGCGUGUUUCACGUGCCGCAUUUUGUUCCGCCAGACUGCCAACAGCUGCUUCGAGGCAUGAUCGAAGUAAACCCCGAGAAACGAAUGACGUUGGCUGAAAUUACCAGACACCCGUGGGUAACGGCGGGAGGCAGGGGCGAGCUGGAACAGGAGUUACCCAUGAUGGAAGUAGUGCAGACUCGAGUGCUGCCAUCUGCCGAGGCCGUGGACCCCGAUGUUUUGCAGGCUAUGUGCAGUUUGGGCUGCUUCAAGCAACGGGAGAAACUUGUCCAAGAACUUUUAAGUCAGCACCACAACACUGAGAAGGUGAUCUACUUCCUGCUGCUGGAGCGCAAGCGGCGGCGGCCGGCGCGCGACGACGAGCCGCGCCCGCCCGCGCCCGCCGCCCCCGCCGACCCGCCGCGCAAGCGCCUCGACACCUGCCGGGUAAACGGACAAUCAGCACACUUCGGUCAAAUCAGCGAAGGCUCCCCAAUCACGCCGCGAAGAUCACAAUUCAGGUCUUCGUCCAGCCGCCGCACCGAGGGUCGCAGCUCGCCGCAGCUGUCUGCCAGCCCGCCUGGCAAAUCACCAGGUCACACUCCGCAUCGAGUGUCGUCUUUAGGCGGUACGCCUGCGACACCAGGAUCGCCUUUAGCCUCUCCAUCAGUCCGAGAACAUCAUCACCAAAGAGCGAACUCUACAGGGCCUACCAUCAGCUUGAAUAUCAGUGGAGAGCCAGGGGAAGCCGUGAUUAUUAUAAACGAAGCUCCCAUCAUGGGAACCUCGGUGGCUGCUAGACCCCACAGUCCUUCGCAAUCACACAGAGUUCGCGAAAGGUCGUCACUGCCCGGCCCUCCGAGCUCCACGCAGUCCCCCGCGCAGGCGUCGUUGUUCCCCAACCUUGGAACUAUAACAGGCGUGGGCGUGGGCGCCGGCGGCGUGGGCGCGGGCGGGGCGGCGGCGCCGUGGCGCGUGCGCCUCGCCACCAUCAAGAACUCCUUCCUCGGCUCGCCGCGCUUCCACCGGCGGAAAAUGCAGACGUCAUCAGAGGAAGUGCACCUCACCCCGGAGUCGUCCCCGGAGCUGACGAAGCGGUCGUGGUUCGGCUCGCUGCUGCUCUCCGCGGACAAGGAGGAGACCUUCACGGCGCUGGUGAAGGGCAAGCCGCUAGCCACAGUCAAGGCGGAUCUUAUACACGCGUUCCUCAGUAUAGCAGAGCUGUCUCACAGCGUGCUGAGCCCGAUGUCGUUCCGCGUGGAGUACAAGCGGGGGUCCAACGCGCCGGCCAUGUUCCAGCGGCAUGUACGCUUUCAGGUGGAUAUAUCAACAAUAACCAAAGCGCCCGGGGAGAACGGGAAGGAGUACCUUUACGCCAUAACUUUCACGUUGUUGUCAGGCAACAUCCGCCGGUUCCGGCGCGUGUGCGAGGUGGUGCAGGCGGCGGUGUGUCGCUCGCCCGCGCUGCACCCGCCCUCGCCGCGCGCGCUGCGCCGCACCCUGCACGCGCACCCCGGUAAUGAGAUCCCGGACAGUCCGGAGACUCCGCACCAGCAGUCGGACCACGACAGCGACUCCUCGGUGUUCGACACGGUCAAAAGCCCCACCAGCCACACGUCCAUAGACCAAUUAGAUCAGAACGGCACACAUCCUCUAGGCUCGAGUUCAUCUGUCACAAGCGGUUCUAGCGGAUACAAGACGGCGCGGCGGCGCGCAGAGCCGGCGUCGGCUUCCCUCGACCACGAGAUAAUGAGUUGUGGGCGUGACCUCCCAGGCACGAACACAAAGCGGUCGUCGUCUGAAUGUCGCGAGGCGACGUCGUCCCCUCGGCGCGGGCUGGAGGCGCGCGACUCGUCCGUGAAGGAGGCGCUGCGCCGCAACAGCUCCCUGCGCGACACGCGGCGCGAGCGCGAGCGCGAACGCGAACGCGAGCGGGAGCGAGAGCGAGCCGCCGUCCGCGCCGCCCGCGCCCCCCGCGCCCUCCGCCUCCGCCGCGCCCUCCGCGCCGCCCGCCGCCUCCGUCGCGUGAGUCGCGCCGGGACUAUGUGAGCUAUGUUUAUGUUACAUUUACCGUGACUUGUGCGUUGUAUUAUAUGAGAAAAUGGGAAUGUUACUUUGGAAUAGUUGAAUAUAAAAUUUGCAGUGUUGACUUGUUUAUGUUUCGGUUUGGCCUGACUUGAAUCGGCGAUGUGGAUAUUCCGUCUGCUUUAAAGCUUAAGAACAAAAUAUCUGUCAACUAAUAAAGAGCGUGACAAGAAUCGUAUUUACAUGAGUGGGAGCAUUGUACUGCACCUUAGUAAAGAAAUGAUUAAAAUCCAGCAUUUGAGAUCAUUCGAGAUACUAAAUAGCUUGAGAACAAGCUCUAUGAGAAAAUUUCUACACCGAGUAUAAUUAGCAGUAUUCCACUUUAUAUCCGACAUACCCAGACCUUUAUAUCAAUGGCUGUUCCCAAAGUGUGAUGAAAUAUGUAGAAAAAAAAAAAUAUAAAUAUUUUACAAUAUAGUCACCAUGAAAUGUACGGAAAUUUUGUAGAUUCAUUACUUUUUGAAAAUGUUCAGUGCUUACUAAAUGUACGAGUGUUACUAUACCUUUUUACCUUGAAAAUGACAUAUAUUAUUAGUUUUUACAUCUUGAAAUAUUUAAAAGACAUGAACAUAGCUCCAUUUAUGUCACAAAUCGUUCGUGUACCGAACAAUGUAUAAAUAGAAAAUGAUAUUGUCAAUCGGAUCGUGAGAUCUAAUUAGGUGAAUAAUGAGCACAAAUCGGAAAUUAAAAAAAAUUGGAAAAACAUGUUUUCGAGUCGACCCGUACUUCCAAUGUUUUAAAAUUACCAAAAAAUAGUAUUCACUAAAGCUUCCUAAUCAACACCAUUUUUGGGAUUAUAUGUAAAAAAAUCUGUGGUGUACUUCCAUUUUUGUGUUAGCGUAGGGAUGUUUUUUAAACGGUUCCAAAAAUAUCAUUCACCUGUAGUUUCGUGAUGAAUUUCAAUCAUUUGGUUCUCGUUUGGUGAAACCUGUAAAGCAGUAUCAUAUUUACUAACAAUUCAGCUAUGUAAAUCGUUAUAAAUUGUUGACAUCUCUAUUAUAUUUAAUGUAAUUUUAGCGCGUAAGUAUUUAGAAUUUAUUAUUUUACCUCCAAAAAAACAUCCCGACGUAGCCGAAAAAUAUAUAUCGCCAGGUGAAUGAGUACACAAAAAUACUUAGCGAAAAAUACUUUUUUUAUAGCUGUAUUUAUAGUAAGCUUGUAUGUACGUGUUUAAAAAAUAUAUGAAAAAAAAAGAUAAACGAAACCGGCCAUGUAUUUUAAAAUAAAAAUGCUAUCCACAUGUACUGAAUAUGCUAUAUAGAUUAAGUGCUGAUCGAAAAAAUGUAUGUACGCCUGUAUUUUUGCAAAAAAAAAUAAUAUUAAUAAAAAUAUUUAUGGUCUCCCUUACUGCCGUCAAACGUAGGCAUGCUUAGGUAAGUCCACUGAGUAACACUGAGUAACAAUAGGUGGUAUUGAGUGGCAAGUGUAUACAGGAUGUUCAUUAAAGACUAUUUUGAAGUUUUGCUUUUGAAAUAUAAAUAAACUAAAUAUUGAUAUGGCAUUUCCGAUGUUUCCCAUAGAGAUUUCUAUUCUGAUCAAAGUUUAUCCGUCUUGCUUAUUUAUUAUCGUCAACCAGGAUACUCUAUCAUUUCAAAAACUCAAUGGAAUAUGCAUUUUAUUCGUCUACAAUAUCAACUAUUUUAUGGGUUUUUCGCUUAAUUGCUCCCGUAAUAUUAAUCAACAUAUUUGGUUUCUACUGCCCUCAAUAUAUCAUCAUGGGUUCAAAAUGUUUUUGGAAUAAGAAUAUAUUAGAUCAUUUAUCUAAUAUAUAAAAAUAAAUAGUAUAUUUAAUCAACAUCCUGUAUAUUAGUAUUAUUCUAUAUUUAACAGCAGACAAGAACUUGGUGUUUUUUACAGUUUUCGUUGAAAUAAUAUUUAUUAUUAUUUUUUUUAACAGUACCUAUUGAUAUUACACCAAAGAAACCCACACUUGUAUUUUUUAUAAAUUCGAGUACUCGAAGUUAGUUCAUGAGAAUGUUGACUACUUUUUAUUAUUAUUUAAUGUUUAGUCCAUCAAUUCUAAAAUAUAUAAUUAAUGGUUUGCAAUAAUUUGAAAUUUUGACAGAGAUUGCAUGACUCAUCAUUACACAUAAUGGUAUUGGCUAGGGAUUGGCAGUAUUGGCUGUUUACUAAGCCGAUCGAGAACUAGACGGACCAAUGUUUGCUAGCAAAAAUCAUAUGAAAUUAUUAUUAUAAUCUUUUUUUAAUAUCUGUCAAAAGGCACGUAUAAGGGGUCAUCCAUUAAUCACGUGCGGCUCGAAAGGGGGGAGGGGUUCGGAAAUAAAAUCACGAAAUAUUACAAGGAGUUGGGUAAUGAGAUAUCACGUGUUUCAUUUUACGUUGACUACGCGAUUUAAUCUAAAAUGUUUCCCUUCCGGUCUGAAUUUUCUUAGAACUGUCAGAUAUAGCAGUUGUUUAGACUUCUUGAUGGUUACGAACCUCGCGGCGUAAUUUAUUGAAGUCAAGGCUAUAAACAAAAUAUUAUUCAUAUUUCUAUAUAGUCUCUAUUCAUUACAGCUACCUGAACGUCUUAUUAGAGAACCAAAAUAUAAUUUGUACCAAAAAAAUACACGUGAUUUUGGGUAGUAGGGGUAGUAUAAAACCUCACCACCUAUCACCAGCUGGGGUUAUAAGUGACUAAAAAAUAUCAAGCUAUUAUUACCUUGUGUUAAAAAGACGGUAAAAAAACAUCACGUAAUUAAUGAAUGACCCAUAAGAAGACGCGGGGUAUUUGCUAGUUCAUAUUGCAUAUUUACUAGCAAUAAUUGAUCCAUCUUAAUGUGGCUUAAUUCUGGGGUUAAUGUAAAUUGUAUGGCGAAAUUCGUUAACAUACCAUUUCCUUUUUGACCUUUGAAAAAUUGUUAUCAAUUCUUUAGUUCUGGUAUCUAAAUGGGUAGCGUCAGCAACACUAGUCCAGCCUUCAUAGCGUGACGUAGUGAGAUUUGAGAGGUCGCGUGUUCGAUUUUCACCCUAACAAAAGUUAAUGAUCCGCAAAUACAUUUGCUGAGACUGGCCAAAAGGCUUUUUCCCGGUCUCAAAUGAAUUUUGAAGCGAGGACUGUGUUAGAUAUUUAUUGUUAGAAAAUUUAAUCAUUUUUGUACGUAGGUAGGAAAUUUGUAUAUUAUUGAUAUUAGGUGCUUUUUUGUAUUAACAUUGGUCAUAUGAAAUUUAUUGAUAGUCAAAAUUGAUUUUUCGGCAAAAUUAUAACUUUAGUUUGACUUAUAUUGGACAGGGACGGCGAACAAAUAGCACGCAUGCACGUGAAACGUGACAAAAUAAGUCAAACACGUGAGUAAUAUACCAAACAUUGUAUAUGUAUCUUUCUUUGGGCUUCAUUUCAUCUAACAUCAAGUGCACGAGAGUUUCCCGCCCUCACACCCACCACUACAACUCCUGUAAGCCAGGAUCAGCAGUGGCACGCAUUUUAUGACACCGAGCAGUGAAGCUCGGCGAGUCUCAGGGAAAACUAAUAUGUCAUUAUCCCGCAACGAAAUUAAUCAAAUACAAAGAUAGGGAGGAGUUGGAAAUAUUCAUUGUCCACUUCCCUAGCAAUGCGGGUGACAAAAUCAUGAUAUAAGGAAGCGUUUUAACCUCAAGGAUAAUAUCAGGUGCAUUGAAGCCACUUUGCAGAGCCCCGAUAAAAGAAAAAAAUAAUGUUGAGGCAUAAAAAAAGUCGCUAAAAAGUCAGAUAGAUAAAACCGGUCUUGAAUGACACCUUACACGCCUUUUUUAUUUAAAUAAUAGCACAUAACAUUUAAGCUUUGCCAUCCCUGGUAUAGGAAAUAUUAAUUCCUGUUAUAAAACAAGUGAAUGAUUAAUAUAUUUGCAAUUGCAUUUACUCAUAAAAUCAGAGCGAAAUAUAACAAUGUUUUGAUCGUAUAUGUUUCUUCACUAAAUACAGGAAAAUAUUUGUUAUUAUUAUGUUCAAGAAGAUUUUGAUUAUGUUGUUUAUAUUGGUGUGUGACAAAUCUUUUACAGCAUUUCAAUUUGUUUUUUAUUAAAACAAAAAAAGCCUUAAUUAAAAUAAAAAAUAUUUGUUUUUUUUUUUAUG